AUGAAGGAGAAGUCCAAGACGGCGGCGAGGACGCGGCGGGAGAAGGAGAAGAGCGAGUUUCACGAGCUCGCCAGAAUGCUGCCGUUACCGUCGGCCAUCACGUCUCAGCUGGACAAAGCGUCCAUCAUCCGACUGACCAGCAGCUACCUGAAGAUGCGCCUGGUGUUCCCGCAAGGUUUGGGGGAGGUUUGGGGUCGAAGCCGAUCUUUAGAAAACACAAACCUUGAGCUCGGAUCUCAUUUACUGCAGGUAAUAAUCAGCAAGAUGCUCCAGACGUUAGACGGCUUUAUAUUCGUGGUGGCUGCCGACGGGAAGAUCAUGUACAUCUCAGAGACGGCGUCGGUUCAUCUGGGCCUUUCACAGGUAGAGCUGACUGGGAACAGUAUUUAUGAGUACGUUCAUCCGGCCGAUCACGACGAGAUGACCGCGGUUCUGACUCCUCAGCCCUCGUAUCACUCACACUUCAUCCACGAGCAUGAAGUGGAGCGCUCGUUCUUCUUGAGAAUGAAGUGUGUUUUGGCCAAACGAGCUGACAGACACUAA